ACCAAUAAUACAGCUUUAUUUUUUUUGGAACGUGCGAUAUUAGUGUGAAUGCAUCAUUGGAGAACCCAUAUAACGUAGAUACAACUGGUCGUUUGGGCGAUGGUAAAAAUUCUGGAGGUAUCUCCCGCUUGUUCUUCGUCAAUGACCCUGUGUAAAUUAAGCCUUUUUUGCGUAACUGAUGAAGCAGCUCUAUUGAGGCAUGUACAUUUUAAAAGAGCAUCGCCCUCGGAAACUGAUUAACAUUUCGUCGAUGCAUGUUGUUGGACCCAAAUUGAAG